CAGAGAGAGUAAAAGACACCUUUUGCCACGCACUGGGGGUUACACGCCCUGCAUUUGGCAAUCACCUGUUUAUCACACACACCUGGCUGGGCAGUGCGGGCGUCUGAAAGCCGCUGAGCAGCGAAAGCGGACACACCUACACGGCGCUCGGGAGCCGGGAGCCGAGGCUCUGACCCACCCACCGGCGGGCGGCGCCGCGGGAUGGGAGGUGGCUGCGCCCCAGGCCUCUGCGCGCUGACCCUCGCCGUCCGCGCCGGGCUCGCUUGAGGGGCGCCCGCAUCCACUGCAGCCUCCCCGGCAAGGCCCGGGCAGCCGCGGGGCAGCCAUGGCGGAGCCCGAGGCCGCGGCCGAGGAGCUGGACGCCCUCAUCGACGACCUGGACUACCUCCCGGGCCACUUUCACCUGGAGAUGCUGCUGAACUUCGAGCCGCGCUCGCCCGCCGCGCUCCGCGCGCGGGACCUGAAGCUGCAGCGGGACGGCCUGCGGCAGGAGCUGGAGCUGGCGGCCGCCCCGCAGCGCCCCGCCGUGCGCCACCUCCUGGGCACCUUCGCCUUCUACCUGGAGGAACUGGGCGAGGCCCGCGAGCGCUUCCUCGAGGUGGCCCGCGAGGACCCGGGCAACCUCAACGCCUGGGCUAAUCUGGCUCACGUGUACGGGCGGCUGGGGCAGGAGGAAGAGGAGGAGGCGUGCGCCGGGCGGCUGGCGGGCCUCAUGGGCCUGGCGGGGGACCGCGGGCCCGCCGGGGACCCCCAGCUCCGCGCCGCGCGCUGCCUGGCGGAGCAGGGCUACGCGCACGGCUUCGACGUGGGCUGCGCCAGCCCAGAGGAACGCGCUCGGGUGCUGCAGGCCGGUAUCGCGCUCUACGACAGGGCGCUGGGCUACGCGCAGCAGAUCCCGAUGGAGGAGAAAAGAGGCUGGUACUUCACCAUGGCAACACUCUUCAUCAGGUUAGAUGGCAUCUUCCUGGAGCUGGGCAGUGAGGAGCAGAGGAGGCUGCCAGCCUUCAACCGCACACUGGCCCUGCUCCAGCAAGUCUGCAAGUCCUCGGACCCCUACCACCAAGCUCUGGCUUGGUGCUACCUCGGGAUGCUGCUGGAGAGGAAGGACACCUUCUCCACCACCCCCAUGGGCAUCCACGACUGCGGGUUCUCGGGGACUGACCCCCUGGACUGCUUUGGCAAGGCCAUCGAGAUCGCCAAGGACCAACCCCCUAUCCUGAAUCGCCUGGCCAAAAUCUUCCACUUCCUUGGAAAGCAGGAUAUGGCCAUCGGCACCUGCAACAUGGCCCUGGACGUCCUACGAGAUCCGGAGCUCAACUGGCAGGCGUACUGCACAAGGGCCAAGAUCCACAUCAGAGCCUACCUGCACGACCUGGAGCGAGGCAAGAUGGGGCUCGGGGGCCUGCCUGACAGGAACCACCUGGCCUGCGCCAAGGCCGACCUCGAGGAAGUGGUCAAGGUGUGUCCAGGCCUCAAGACCUACCUGGACAUCGGCCAGGUCUACUACUACAUGGGUGUGGACGCCGUGCAGGAGCUGCUGGCGGUGGACGAGGCGGCGCUGAACCAGGCGCUGGUCUUCCUGGCCAAGGCCGGCGAGUCGGAGCUGGGCGCCACGCUGCCCGAGCUGCAGCUGCUGCGCGGCAAGUGUCUGCGCAUCAAAGGCGAGGAGGCCAACGCGGCGGCCUGCUUCAAGCGCGCCGUGGAGCUGGACGACGCGGGCUCCAGCCACACCGAGGGCUUCGGCUGCCUGCUCGAGGCGCUGCUGGCGCAGUGGAGCCAGGCGCAGCUCAGCGACGGCGAGCUGGGCAGCGAGGUGGACGCGUGGCUGCGCCGCGCCCAGGACAAGUACCCGGCGGCGCGCCUGCGCCAAGAGCUGCAGCGCGUGUGGCGCGGCCACACGGGCGAGGUGCUGGGGCUGGCCCGGGCCUUGGUGGCCCAGGGACGGCCGGCGCUGGUGCGGCUGCUCUUCGAGACCAUGGAGGGCGCGGGCGCAAGCCCACUGCGGGGCCGCCGCGCCUUCUCCUUGUGAGGGUCCCUGGGGCCCCCGCGCCGUCGGGGCCCCGCCCGUCGAGGCCCCGCCCCGUUAAGGCCCGGCCCCGCCCACAAGUGGUGGGCCCUAGUCCGCGCGCUGGAAACCUGCUUUCACUGCCAUAGGCUGGAGGGUAAGGGGAGCCCUUCAGAUUCUCUUUCGGGAAUUGGAACGGAGACGUUGAGACCCUAGGACAGUGUGACGUGCCCACGGAGGCAAAAAGGGCCUGAUUCAGGAGAGCAAGGGAGGCUGGGGGCAGGCGCGUGGGGCCAAUGGGAAGCUGCCAAUUGAAGGACCAAACUGUACAAAUAUGCAGAAAAAAUAAUAUGGAGUCUCCCAAGAGAUACAGAAGAUAAUUGCCUCUAUUUUGGCGGCUUUCUAGUACCGAAGAGCCUGUCUUUGGAUUCCCGUGAGCCACGCUCGAUCCUUAUUAUAAGGCCGCCUUUACUUAGGUUGACUGGAGUAGGUCUCAGGUCCUGCAGCCAGAGAAGCCGUGGCUAGAGCAGAGGGCACAGCCGCCAGUGAGCAGGUAAGGGCAGGACGGUAGUCUACACCUGGCUGCUCAGGGCUCUUUCCUGCCUCUCUAGCAGUCUCCCAGCAGGCCUCAUCCUUGGCCAGCUUGGUCUGAAAUAAAGCCCAUCCGUAGAACAUUUGCUUGAUUUCUCCGUUCUUGGGGAAUGUAAGGGCCCCACCCAAGGAAGUGUCACCUGCCCCCAAUCUCAAACCUUCUACAAAAGAGUGAAGAAAAUCUUGGAAUUUUACGCUCUUGGAAUCAUAGUCCUAGAAUCUUAGAUGUGGAAUUUUAUUGUCAAAGACUUAGAUUGCCCGCAAAUCUUAGAACCGCCAAGCUCGAUUCUUGUGGUCCUACUUACAAGAGCUAAUUCAACCUAAAAUUCCAGAUCGAGUUCUUUCCAGACUGCAAUGGCAAGACCCCUUUAAUGGUUUGUGAUUUAUUUUACACCUUUUUCCCCUUUUUAAGAAAAGAGGUAUACUCACUGCUUUGCUCAUUUCCCUGAUGUUCAGACUACACCAGGGAUAGGCCACACCCCCACAUCGCUUCUCAUGUCCCAAUGACAGAUGGAGAACAGACUAAGUGCAGUCCCUAGAGAGCACACACCUCCAUCUCUCACUGUGCACAUGCAAAGACUGAGAGCCCUGGAAGGGAAAAAGCUUGCUCAGAGUCACACUUCCUAGCCUCUCCACCCCUAUCCCUCCAACUUACUUUCAGCAUUUUUCAGGUUUGGAAAAA